AUGAAUUACUGACAAUACUUCGCUUCGGUUUCGGUUUUGUUUAGGGCGAGGCUUUGUCAGUUUUGUUUUUAAAUAAAAACAGAUUUUAUAAAUUAAUUCUAAAAUACAAUGGGACAGAUAAACAUCUAAAACGUUUUAUACUUUAUAUUUGAAUCAUAGUCUAAUUACAACUCGUUAAAAUGAGGUGUUUAAUUUUAUUCGCCGUCACCAGUUUUGUAAGGACUCAAGUGUUGGAGCAGAAUACGUAUAACACGAACUAUCAACAGCAACAGGAUAUUGUUAACCAGAAUGGAACAUCUUACCGACCAAAUGUUCAGGUACCUUAUGGCAGUUUUCCCGUCAACGGAAAUGAUUAUAGCCAAUCUCAGAGUUCAUUCUAUCAGUCGUCCGACGCUUAUAACCCCGACUUUUACGGUGAUGACAUCAACGAGGUUGAUUCACAGGACACUGCCGGCUAUUACGCUGGUCUCGAUUACGAAGAGAGGUACAGGUGUCCUCCACAUUGGUUACGUUACAGAGAGUCAUGCUACCGAUUUACCAAAUCUCCUAGUCGUCCUCGAAACGAAGCGCGCAAGAUAUGUCAAGCUUACGAAGCUGACCUAGCCGCAGUGAACAGCCCAGAAGAACAUGGCUUCAUAUUAACAGUAUUAACCAAAAUAGAUCCCCAACGUGGAGAUUGGUAUAUAGCAGGUCACCAACAAUCACCAGGUCAUUGGGCUAAUGAUGGUGAUGGAUCACAGUUGACUGGAUUAGAGAAUGCUUUUUUUGAAGAUCGUGAGUCUGUAUAUACAAGUUAUAAUUUGAUUCCUCGAGAUUAUUUAGUGUAUCAUUUUUCAAAACAAGAUCAACGCUGGGGUUUAUCAGCUGUGGAUGGUAUUGCAUAUACUCAUUUUAUUUGUGAAGGACAAACACAGAGGUUGCGAUAUCUGCUCGAGGAGGAGAGGUCUUUUACUUAUGGUUUGGAUACAUUUGAUCCCGAGAGGAUACCGAGAGGUCCUUAUUUUAUUACAGAACCUGUGGACACUAUAUGUGAUCCUAUGAGAAAUCACCAUGUUCAGUUGGUUUGUAUUGCUGGGGGAUAUCCAGCUCCUGAAUACAAAUGGUUUAGAGAAGAUUAUCAAGUAGACAGCCCUGUCUAUACUGAAAUUAAUCCUCUAACUGACACUAGAUUUAUACUUAGUGGUGGCACUUUGAUGAUUUUUAAUUUAGAUGCAGACACAGAUAAUUCUAAAUAUCACUGUACAGCUACUAACAAAUAUGGUACAAUACGCUCAGAGUCUGUUCGUUUAUCAUUUGGGUUCAUUAGAGAAUUUAACCAAAAAAGACCAAUUGAAAGUGGAAAUCAAUACUGGGGUAAGGUAAUGUUUUGUGAUCCUCCUUCCUACUAUCCUUCAGUAAACUUUUUGUGGGCUCGAGAUUAUUUCCCUAAUCUUGUUGAGGAAGAUAAACGAGUCUUUGUCUCUUACGAUGGUGGCCUUUAUUUUUCUGCCUUAGAGACAAUUGAUCGAGGUAACUAUAGUUGCAAUGUUAUGAGCAAAGUUUCUGAUAUUGGCCGAAAUGGUCCAUUCUUCCCUCUUUAUGUUUAUCCACAUUCUGAUUAUCAGCAACUUAAAUUUCCAAAUAACUUCCCUAAAGUAUUUCCAGAAGCACCUACUGUUGGCCAAGAGGUCAGAUUGGAGUGUGUUUCUUUUGGAUAUCCUGUGCCAUCAUAUAAUUGGACUAGAAAGAAUGGUCCAAUGCCAAGGAAAGCAAGCUUUAGUAAUUUUGACCGUGUCAUUACAAUACCCAAUGUUAGUGUGGAAGAUGAGGGUGAAUAUAUAUGUGAUGUCAAGAAUGAUAGGGCACGCAUAAAAAACUCUGUAAUUUUAAAAGUACAAGCUGAACCUAAUUUUACUAUUCCUUUAUCUGAUAAACAUGUUGACAAUAAGGGUGAGUUACAUUGGAAUUGUGAAGCCUUUGGCAUUCCUGAUGUUAACUAUACUUGGUGGAAAAAUGGAAAAAAGCUCUCCAUGGAUACUCUAGAAAGUGCAGAUAGAGACCGCUAUGUGAUUCAAGAUAAUGUAUUAAUAAUUAAGUAUUUAGAUCCUCAGAGAGACCCAGGUAUGUACCAAUGUGAAGCAAAAAAUCAGUUAAGAUCCAGGUUUUCAACAGGGCAACUGCGAGUUUUGUCUUUGAAACCGUCAUUUAAAAAAAGACCUCUAGAAUCGGAAACUUAUGGGUCUGAAGGAGGUAAUGUAACACUUAGAUGCAAUCCUGAAGCUGCACCCAAACCGACUUUUACCUGGAAAAAAGAUAAUAUAGUGAUAGGAGCAGGUGGGAAAAGAUUUAUAACUGAAACUGGUAAUCUAAUAAUACGACAGCUUUCGAGAGAUGACGAGGGUGUCUACACUUGUGUUGCUAAAAAUCAGUAUGGUACAGAUGAAAGUCGCGGCCGACUAAUAAUAUUGCGGACACCAAGAUUUAUAGAUCGUCUUCCUCCUCGAAUAACAAGUCAAGUUAAUCAAGCGGUCUUUUUACAUUGUAGUGCUGAUAUUGAUCCUAUAUUAGACACAGCUUUCUUGUGGAACCAUAACGGGAUUCGUAUUAGAGAUCCAUCAGACUUCUAUGCUGAUAAACGAAUUCAAAUGGAUGGAGGUGAACUUACAAUUUACAACGCAAGUCUUUCCGAUGUUGGCGAAUAUGAAUGUGUCGUAAAGUCGGCAAUUGGUCGAAUUUCGUCCCGUACAAUAUUACGUGUAGAAGGACCACCUGGACCUCCAGGAGGCUUACAAAUAUUAAACAUUCAGCGUUCAUCAGUGUCACUUGAAUGGACAGAUAGUAAUUCAAAUGGGCGUCCAAUCAUAAGUUAUGUUGUCACAGGUCGCACUCAAUGGAAUUCUACAUGGAUUGUGAUUAGUGAUAAUGUUCCGAAUGUUAACGAAAUCGACAGAAAUAAUGGACGUAAACGUGCGACUGUGUCUGCAACACUUCUACCAUGGUCAGUAUAUGAGUUUAGAGUUCAAGCCGUAAAUGCUUUAGGAGUAGGUCAGCCUUCAGCACCGAGUCCACAAUUCUCAACUUUAGCUGACAAACCCUUCCAAGCCCCAGCCAACGUUGGAGGCGGAGGUGGUAAGAUUGGUGAUCUUACAAUCACUUGGACACCCUUACCAUUAAAACUUCAGAAUGGACCUGGUAUACAUUAUAAAAUAUUCUGGCGUCGUAAAGGGGCAGAAGUGGAAUUUCAGUCUUUACUGCUCAAAGAAUAUGGUAAUGUUGGAAUGCAUGUUGUUCAUAUAUCAUUGACUUAUUUCUUUACACCAUACGAAGUUAAAGUUCAAGCUAUUAAUGACAUGGGCAGUGGACCUGAAAGCGACGUCGUCAUGAUAUAUUCUGCUGAGGAUAUGCCGCAAGUGGCACCACAACAAGUUUACGCACUGUCCUACAACUCGACGGCUUUGAACGUAACUUGGAAUCCUAUUGACCAGUCGCGCGAUAGGCUCCGCGGCAAAUUAAUAGGUCAUCGACUAAAGUAUUGGAAGCAAGCAAAUAAAGAAGAAGAAUGCAUCUAUUACUUAUCAAGAACAACGCGCAACUGGGCUCUUAUAGUAGGAUUACAACCGGAUACCUAUUAUUUUGUAAAGGUAAUGGCAUUCAAUUCAGCGGGAGAAGGUCCUGAGAGCGAGCGCUACCUGGAGCGGACUUUCCGUAAGGCGCCGCAGAAGCCCCCAGCCUCUGUGAAUGUUUGGGCCGUCAACCCAAGCACAGUGCGUGUCGUAUGGCGGUAUGUGCAGCCCACUACUGAAGAGGAACCACUCAUUGGUUACAAGGUGAGGGUAUGGGAAAUUGACCAAGAUAUGAGUACUGCAAAUGACACUCUUGUGGCAGUGGAACACAAGCUGGAGGCUUAUGUCACAAGUUUGACACCAGGCAAGACUUACAACCUUCGCGUACUGGCCUACUCUAAUGGAGGUGAUGGCAGAAUGUCUUCCCCAGCUAUCACAUUCCAAAUGGGAGAUUACCACAGUGAUGCCUAUGGUUUUUAUGUAAGAGGAUCCGCAGGUAGACAUAAGGGAUUAGGUAUAGGAAUAACCGUCUUUGUGUCAGUCAUUGUAUAUUGUUAUGAUUGGAUCUUGUCGUGAUGUCUCUUUAUAUUAGCUUGUAGUUAACAGAUAUUAUUUUUAUUUAUGAUUAAUAAGCACUUUACAAAUGUUACAUUCCAUUUCUGUAUAUUUCUUAACGCUAUGUUAGGUUGUGAUGUAGUCCGGCCAUUUUGUUUCUAGUAACAAUAAUUUAAUUAUUGUUUAUUCUUUUUAAUUUUCUGCAGUGUAAUAACCCACCAACUAAUAUAUGUACAACUUCUUUAGAUGACCAGAAAUUUAAUAUUUAAAUAUUUGAGAUGCUUAUGAUGUAUUGCACAAGCGGCUUUAUUUUUUAUUUAUAGUGAUAUUCUACUUAGAUGUAGACUUUUCUAUUUUUUAUAUUAUUAUUAUUAUGUCUUUAUUGACAAUAAGUAAUUUAAGAAUGAAUAAAUUUAAGUAUAUUUGAAUACUUAACAAAAUAGUGUAAAGUCUCUUAGAGUUAGUCCAUAUCACAAACAUUUUAGGUUUGUUAAAAGAUGAAUCUCAGGUUAUUAUUGUGUAAUACCGCCAAUCCGAGCCAUUUUCUUGAUCUAAAUAGUAUAUAAGCUAUAUUCAGUCAGUGUGUAUAUAGUACAAAAGCAAUAUACUUCACUAACCAUUGUUAUUGUAAACAGACUAAAUAUUGUGUAAAAUUGCCUUAUAAAUGUUGAAUUUUUUUUACAUAAAGAACUGUUUUUAAUAAAAUAUAUCAAUACAAUGACAAGA